AUGGUGUGCUUCCGCCUUUCUCCGGUGCCCGGCUCGGGGCUCCUUCUGCUCUGCCUCCUUCUGGGAGCUGUCUCAUCUUAUGCAUUAGAACUUAAUUUGCAGGAUUCAAAAAAUGCCACUUGCCUUUAUGCAAAAUGGCAGAUGAAUUUCACAAUAAGUUAUGAAACUACAAGCAAAAGUAAUAAAACUGUAACCAUUUCAGACCCUAGCAGUGCAACAUAUAAUGGAAGCAUCUGUGGUGAUCAUCAGAAUGGUUCCAAAAUUGAGGUGCAAUUUGGAUCUGGUUUUUCCUGGACUGCGAAAUUUACAAAGGACGUGUCUACUUAUUUAAUUGAAAGUAUCUCAUUUUCCUAUAACACUAAUGAUAACACAACAUUUCCUGAUGCUAAAAAGAAAGAAAUUUUUACAGUUCAUGAACCUGUGGCACUCAAAAUUCCAUUGGAUGAGAUCUUUAGAUGCAAUAGUAUAUUGACUUUAGGAAUGAAAGAUGUUGUCCAGCACUAUUGGGCUGUUCAUGUACAAGCUUUUGUCCAAAAUGGCACAGUGAGCACAAAAGAGUUCCUGUGUAAUGAAGAUAAAACUUCAACCACUGUUGUGCCCAUUGCUCCCACAACUUUACCAUCUCCUACUCCUACUACAACACCUGCUCAAAAGGAAAAGCCAGAGAUUGGAUCCUAUUCAGUUAAUAAUACCAAUGGUACUUGUCUUAUGGCUACUAUGGGCCUGCAGCUGAACGUGACUCAAGAUAAGGUUGUUACAGUUAUUAACAUCAAUCCAAAUACAACUGACUUCACUGGCAGCUGCCAUUCUCAAACUGCUCUGCUUAGGCUAAACAGCAGCAACAUUAACUAUCUUGACUUUGUCUUUGCUGUGAAAAAUGAAAACCGAUUCUAUCUGAAGGAAGUGAAUGUCAGCAUGUAUUUGGUUAAUGGCUCUGUUUUCAGCACUGCAAAUAACAACCUUAGCUACUGGGAUGCCCCCCUGGGAAGUUCUUAUAUGUGCAACAAAGAGCAGAUGAUUUCAGUGUCUGGAGCAUUUCAGAUAAAUACCUUUUAUCUAAGGGUUCAGCCUUUCAAUGUGAAAGAAGGAAAGUAUUCCACAGCUCGAGACUGCAGUGCAGAUGAAGACAAUUUCCUUGUGCCCAUAGCAGUGGGAGCAGCGUUGGCAGUAUUACUUAUUCUUGUGUUCCUGAUUUACUUAAUUGGUCUCAAGCACCAUCACACUGGAUAUGAGCAGUUUUAG